UUACAAACUGAGGGCUGUAGACGAGAAGUGGAGAAGAGAGACGAGGAAGGUGAGAGGAGGACAGUGAAUGUGAGAAGGAAAUACAGGAGAAGAGAGGAGAUCCUGGAUCUGAAUUAACAUUAGCAGCAUUGUCUUCCUGUGUUAUAUACCUCCCUGUGUUCUUUGUUCAGAGCAGGAAGGCAAGGGAAGAGAUGAGACGUUGCUUUCCGCAGGAACACUGAGGCUGCCUGCCUUUCUCUCUGCCUGCCUGGUUGGCUGGUCGUGCUGCCGGGAAACCCAUCCAUGUCCUUCCCUUUGUCUCUCCAUAAUUGGCCACGGCAGGUUUUCACAGCCAGGGAGGAGGAAAGCGACGUGGAAAUCUGAAAAGAGAGGACAGAGGAGAGAGAAGAAAGGAAGGGAGAAGAGAAAAGAAGAGGAUGAAGGGAGGGAGAGCCUCGUGACAAUGUUUUGAAGGAGAGACAAAACAAAAAAGCAGGGACUGCACACGGCUAGAGGUACAUAACCAGUGUCCUGGAUGGGAUUUGGAGUAUAUUUCCUCAUAUAGUCAAGGACAUUGGUGUCUUUUUAUCCACAAAGCUCACAGAUUCAUCUCCAAGACUGUUGUCUUUGUCUCUCAGUGGCAAAUCAUCACUGCAGACUGAGGUUCAAAUGAGCAGCUGCUUAUUUGGGUAAUGUCUUCUUGAGAAACUGGGAGUCUUUAAUCAGAUCUGCUUACUCUAGACCACAAGGAUUUAACUCACUGCACAUCCGCCCUUCCAUUAGAGUUAAACUAGUCUGAACCUAAAAAGUAGUGAAUGUACAAGUUGUGCUUUGGUGGAAACCAGACUUUGUGAUAUCAGAGAGGUCACGACCCCAAAGAUCCUGAGGGUUUGCCAGCUGAACAUUUGCACAUUUGAUGCAUCCUGUCCAGUGGUGUUACGGGUGUGAGUGUGAUCUGCAGAACUUCGAUCCCAACUGCAAAAUGACAUCUGAGGAGCUCUUCCACCUGCCGCUCAAUGUCUAUAUCAUCAUCCUGGGCAUCGGCCUCUUCAUCCUCAUGCUCACCCUCAUCUUCUGCUGCUACCUGUUCAGACUCAAGCGACAAGGUGCAAGAGAACAGUAUGGUUAUAAUGAGGUUGUUUUGAAAGGAGCGGGGAAGAAACUGAGCCUUCUUGGUCAAACAUGUGCGGUGUGUUUAGAGGAGUUUCGCAGCAGGGACGAGCUUGGAGUGUGUCCAUGUUCCCAUGCUUUUCACAAGAAGUGUCUGCUAAAAUGGUUAGAGAUCCGCAGUGUCUGCCCCAUGUGCAAUAAGCCCAUUUGCCGCCUCCAGCCUGACCCCCCGCAAGCACCUGAGCGGCCACAGAGUCUCCUGGAGGUCUGAGAGGAGAACACAUGUCCAGCAGCACUUCACGUUCUCUAGUCAGUUGACACCUGUCACUAAAGAGCCUGUUUCACCGUCUAACAGAUUGGAGUUUUAUUAAUGCAAACAUCUUUUAGGCAGAACUACUCUGGAAGUAGAAGAGAUAUAAUUGUCUGGGGUAAACCUUAAGUGCAGAGCCAAAGAGCCUACCUGGUAAACUAUGUAGGGGGAGAUUAUAACACUUAGAGGUGGUGAUGGUAAUAACCCUUCACUAAUACGUGAUAUGACACUCAUGAUAGCAGAUUAAGGCUAACUAUAAAGCCUAGAUACUGCAGCACAUAUAGCCAGAUGCUUAAGCUAAGUGCCUUAAAGCUACAGCUCCUCUAAAUGAGAUGCUACACCUGUCAGCAUCGGCACACAAUGAUGAGGACUGAUGCGUGUCCAAAUCCCACUUUACUCCUCAUUAAAUGUAAGUUAUGUACUGUAGGAAAUAAUCAAUAAGUGAACAAUUGUGGACAAUUAGCCCUGAUUUAUCUGGCUCCACUUAACUGCCAAGUUAACAGUGAGACAUAAGUCCUAAACUCCAGGCUUCAGAAAGCUCCCUCUGAAUAUUAUGGACAUCACAAAUUUCUAUUUUGGUAGCAAGAGUGCUACUGCUAGCCUUUUUAAAUGGGUUUCAGUUUAAUCAGUUGCUCAUCCUGCAGGAAAACUGAGGUCAGCUUUAUCCACUGCAGUGGCGCUCCCAGAAAUCUUUCACUGGGGUGGCCAGAGGGGGCCGCUAAAAAUCUUGGGGUGGCACACCAAAACCAAAAGCCAUAACUAAAUUUCAGGAAUUCAAUUAUGCUGUCGUAGUAUGGCUAGUUGUGAAUUAGGCUAUGCCAAUAUGGAGGGUGAAGGAAACACAUACUGAUGUACUUUGGUUUCUUAUUUUACAGUUAAUAAUACUAAUUAUCUGAUGUGUACAGACUAACACCCAUACCAAUAUUUUGAGUUCCACAACAAUACUGUGUUAAUACAUGGUAGGUGAUUCAAUAUUCUUCAAAUAGGCUGGUUGUCCGUUUUUCCUUAAAAAGACAAUUACACAGCUUUGAUUUGAGGGAGUUAACCGAUUGUAAGGAACAAAGUAUUUACUGGGAACAAGCCUUCUCAAGUUUAGGGGAGACUUGGGGGUACCAAUAAAGCCCAUUUUCACUCUGAUAUCUUGAGGUGAGAGUACAAGAGACCCCUUUGAAAAUGGGUUAUGCCAGUUGUUCACUCGCCAAAGUUUAGCCUAACUUUAGAGCUUUAUUUAGCUCCCUACCCAACAAGCUAUGCUGACAUGGUUGCAACCAAUUGAUGCCUUGGGCUGUCUGGCAUCAUCACCAAAAACAUGUUGUUGGCAUCAUUAUCAGAGUGUAGAGGCACCAGCUAGUUGUGAAAGGUUUAAACUCCCAGGUCGAGUAGCAAGCAGGGUCAGUUAAGACACCUUCCACAUCUGUGUCACCCACACAGUUGUGUUGGUCCCUCAGCAUGUUCAGGAUGUUGAUGUGGAGUUCCUGCUGUAACCUAACUAAUGAGAUUAUUUCUGCCCCCAGAGCAGCUCUGCCUCUGAAAAGUGUUUGUAUGACAAACUCCCGUCUGCUAGUUUUCACUUUGCCCAAAAAUGACAUGCAGCGCCACAUGAAUAUGAUGUGUCUUGGUCUUUCACCACAACUUAAGAGCCUGGAGCUUGGAAUGACACCAGACACCAGCUUUGAAGAUAUCACAACGUCCUUUGGCUCAUUGCUGCCCCAAAUUUAAUGGCAAAUGCAGAGACUGUAAUGAGUGGAGUGGAGUUGUAGAAAAGAUGAUAUUUGUAAACUAACAAGAACUGGGGCUGUUUGUACUUUGGCUGCAGUCUUUCAUUGUCUCACAGUCGGUCAGCUCCGUCCUACAGUGUGUUGCCAAGCUGAGUGUAGUGAAGUCCUAAAUGGUAAGACAGUGGAGUCAUAGGGGAUCUAAUAGAAAAGAUGCUGUCACAUGCGUGUGCAGCUACGACUAAGGGUCCUAAGUGACUCAACCAGUAAAAUAACACAUAAAGUAUAUACAUUGUUUUUAAGUUAUUUUUAAGGAACUGUUUUGUAUCCGUUAUCAGUCAUAACUGACUUUCAGUAAAAGGUAUUGUGUGUCAGUGAUGCUUAAACACUUUGACUGUCAUUCGUCACAUAGUUGGAUGUCAUUGUUGCCAGUGGGAUGGAUGAAAUCGUAUGUCUAAGAACUGCUCUGUACUGUAGUGAUAUAAAUAGACACACUGCACUGAUAUGAAGAGCCUGUUUGAGCUGGUUUCUUGUCUGAGUGAGGUGCAUCAUAAACAUAAUCCUCUAUAUGUAUCUACCAUGUAAUAUAUUAUGAGUACUGUGUAAAUUGUAAAUGCUUUUAAAAUUUCUGACUUUAGAAAAAAAUAUAUAUAAUCGGUGUUUUGAUAUGGUCA